AUGGCGUCUAAGAAAACUCUAGUUCGUAAUUUCUUCAACAUUCCCAAAACCUAUUCCCGGAUGUCCCGAAUGCGUCCUCCGACCAAACCCGGCAUUACUCCGGUCGCCGGAGAUUCUGGAAUCCGCCGGAGAUUUAUCCACAAGAAGGCACUUUUCUGGCCGGAGAUAUCUCCAAAAGGAGGUACUCUGAUGGAAAAACUCAAGGAGCUGAGUUUGUCCAAUAAUAGGAUUCGCCUCGACGAGAUGCUACCGCCACCGACGCCGGAGAAUACGUCUCCGGGAAUUGCACAGGCGGUUACGAUGGCUGACGUGAAGAAGCUAAUGAGGGCAGCGGAAAUGGAGAUGGUGAGAACGAGGCUGAGAGAAAUGGGGGAAAAAUGGGUUUCUUAUUCGGAGUUUGUUCGGGUUUGCGGAGAAAACGAUUCGGAUCCUGAACAAGGUAACCGGGUCGCGAAUAUGCUUGAGGAAGGUGGAGACGUCAUCGUUUUGGGAAAUUUCGUCUGCCUUAAACCGGAUGAGCUAACAAACGCAGUGGCUGGUCUAAUUCCGACACACGAAUCCACUCACGAUGCCGCGACAAGACAAGAGUUUGAGCAACUUGAGGUUAUAAAAUCAGAUAUUGACAAAAGAGCCGAAACUAUGGCAAAGAGAGAAUUAUAUGCAGGAUUAGGGCUUGUGAUAGCUCCAACUAUUGGAUGUUUUAGGUUGACAUUUUGGGAACUGUCAUGGGACGUGAUGGAGCCAAUAUGCUAUUACGUAAGUAUGGGUUAUUUCAUGGCUGGUUAUGGCUUCUUCCUCCGAACAUCAAAGGAACCUACUUUCGGAGGUUUUUUCAAAAGCCGGUUCGAGAAGAAGCAGAUUCAAUUGAUUAAAUCGCUUGGUUUUGAUAUUGACCGGUUUACAAAGCUACAGAAGAUACAUCGUCCAGCGUUGACUAAUUCAGCUGCUCCUUCUUGA